ACAUAAAGCCCGGUGCCCACCACUUGUUGUUGGGGGCGUGUCGGUCAACCUCCAGCACCGGCGCCGGCAGUACGAGCCGCGACCGCCACCAGCCCACACGUACCAUGACGCAACUCCUGAAAUUCCGCAUGAGUUUCCUGUCCCCGGAGCGCUGACAACUACUAACACGGAAGGGGGAGAGCCCGGGGCCGGAGCGGCGUAACGGCGAGUGCGAUCUGGAAAUGCCGACGCCGGACACUCCGCCCGCGCCCCCAGCGCCCCCCUCCGACGCCCCACCACCACCGGCACCCACCACCGUUACCACCGUCCAACAAACCCAGAAGAGCAGGUCGGUGGUGGUGUCCCUGACGCCGGAGCGCGAACGGGAGACGUGGUCUAAGAAGGCGGAGUUCCUGCUCGCGGUGGUCGGUUUCGCCGUCGACCUGGGCAACGUCUGGCGGUUCCCUUACAUCUGCUACCAGAACGGAGGCGGCGCGUUCCUGAUCCCGUACUGCGUGAUGCUGCUGUUCGGUGGACUGCCCCUAUUCUUCAUGGAGCUAGCUCUAGGCCAAUACCAUCGGUGUGGCUGCCUCACGCUGUGGAAGAGGAUCUGUCCAGCUUUGAAAGGUGUGGGGUACGCGAUCUGCAUGAUCGACAUUUACAUGGGUAUGUAUUACAAUACGAUCAUCGGAUGGGCCGUGUACUACCUGAUAGCUUCGAUCGCGUCUGUCAACUCCGUGCUGCCCUGGACGAGCUGCAACAACGAGUGGAACACCCCCCUCUGCACCCCGGUUACUUCGCCCCAGAUCAACCCCAAUGCGUCCACGCCUGCUAAGGAGUUUUUUGAACGCAACGUGUUGGAACAGCAAAGGUCUAAUGGCUUGGACGACAUGGGCCCGAUCAAACCAUCGCUGGCCCUGUGUGUGGUGGGGGUGUUCGUGCUGGUCUACUUCUCCUUGUGGAAGGGCGUCAGGAGUACCGGAAAGGUGGUGUGGGUAACAGCUCUGGCACCAUACGUGGUGUUGCUCAUCUUAUUAGCGAGAGGAGUCACGCUGCCAGGCGCUACUGAAGGCAUUAGGUACUAUCUAACUCCCGAGUGGCAUAAACUUCUCAACUCUAAGGUGUGGAUCGACGCAGCUUCCCAGAUCUUCUUCUCCCUGGGUCCAGGGUUCGGCACGCUCCUCGCGCUGUCCAGCUACAACAAGUUCAACAACAAUUGCUACCGCGACGCCCUCAUCACGUCUUCCAUCAACUGCCUCACCAGCUUCCUGGCUGGCUUCGUCAUAUUCUCAGUACUAGGGUACAUGGCCCACGUCCAAAACAAGAGCAUUGAGGAGGUCGGUCUGGAAGGACCCGGGCUGGUCUUCAUCGUGUACCCGGAGGCCAUCGCCACUAUGACGGGGUCAGUCUUCUGGGCUAUCAUCUUCUUCCUCAUGCUCAUUACUUUGGGCCUGGACAGCACGUUUGGAGGAUUAGAAGCAGUGACAACAGCGCUCUGCGAUGAGUACCCACGUCUGCUAGGAAGACACAGAGAAAUAUUUGUCGCUUUUCUCUGUCUGUUCAUAUAUAUCUGCGCCCUUCCAACGACCACAUACGGUGGUGUAUACCUGGUGGACCUCCUAAAUGUGUACGGCCCAGGGCUGGCCAUUUUGUUCGUGGUGUUCGCUGAAGCUGCCGGCGUCUGCUGGGUGUACGGGGUGGACAAGUUCUCGGAAGACGUGAAGAGCAUGCUUGGACAUUCACCUGGAUGGUUCUGGAGAGCUUGCUGGUCUUACAUCAGCCCCGUCUUUCUGCUAGUUCUGUUCGUAUUCUCCGUGCUCGCUCACGAGGAGAUGUUAGGAGGAGAGUACACUUACCCCGCGUGGUCUAUCACCGUCGGCUGGAUCAUGACUGGCACCACCGUCUCCUGUAUCCCACUGUACAUCAUCUACAAGUUCUUGAUCACCCCCGGCAGCGUUACUACUCGAAUAAAAAUGAUAACCCGUCCGGAGAUGACGUCGAUACCGCCGGCGGACGCCACCAUCCUGUGACUGUGACACGAUCCCCUCCCAGCUCUCGAUGUCAAGCCACCAGUUGAAUGGCUUGUCUAGACAUGCCAAUAUUUGGAUAUGCUAUACCAAAUCCUAAAUGUAGUGAUUGUCAACCAUGAAGCAAAUACAGAGAAGGAGAUGCUAUCGCUGUUCCUCCAACAGUCGUUAUGUCACGAUGCGAGGGGGUGUGGGGUACGAGGAAUCACCGACCGUUCUACCCUAUCCUAUGAUCUAGUCUGUCAUCAAAUGGAUACACACAUACAUAUGUGCAAAAGUUAUAGUGCCUGUGCAAUACUUCAUACAUCUUCAUACAUCCUACUCUAUAUUUGGUCCAUGAUAUUAACCCUCCUUGGACGGACUUAAUCCAUCGAAAAUUAUAUUUAUCUUAUGCUUUUAAAAAUUAUAUUAUCGAAAUAUGUAUUUGAUAUUCACAUGUUUCAUAUUAUAUAACUUAUAAUACGUACUUGUAUAACAAUUUAUAGUUUUAUAUUAAACAUAAAUAAAAUUAUAAUGUUAUUUUUUGAGUGUAAUCAGCAAUAUUAUUAAGUCAUUAUGAAGGCAAUAGAAGUGAGAUGUCAUUCACAAAUAUUCUUAACAUUCUUAAUAUUAUGUAAACCGAUGUAGGGUUCCUGAAAAGGUAAAAUGAUAUCUUUAUAAGAUCACCUUUUAGAGUACCUAACAAAUAAAUAAAAUACUCAUAGAAAAAUAUUUACUUGCGUAUUUGAUAUAAAAAUGAACUUUAUUAUAAGAUUUUAAAGUACUUUCUAUAUUCUUGUUAAGGUACGUCAGAAGUUUACUGAUUAUACAAUGUUUAUUAUAUUAUACAACGAACACUAUACUCGAAUAUAACAUAUUUUAGUAAAGAUAGUAUAUUUACUGUAAAUAUUAAAUACAACAUUGCUGGUCGGACUAUAACACAUUUAAUUAUGAUAUUUUUUUGCAUUUAUAUAUAAGUAACAAGAAAUGCUUUAAGCAAACCCCAUGUAAAUAAGUAUAAUUUAUAUACGGACAUUAUUAUACAUUGUGUAAGUAUUUCUGUACUCUCGGGCAAUGAGUAAAGAAAUAUUUCAUAUUUAAUGUAAAAAAAAAAAAAGAUAAUUUGUACAAAUAGGCUUAGAUGAAUAUAAAAAUAAAACAUUUCUAUAAUAUUUCUUGCAAACUAUUUCAAUAUAAACUAAGUAGUUAAAAUUUGAGUUGUUGUAUAACUUUUGCUUUUAGUAAUAUCUUAGCCUUAGUAAACAAUCUAUAAUUUAAGUAUAUGUAAUUAAGAAUUCUCAUUGAAUUAGAUCAAAUACUUCUUUUUUAAUAUUUAAAAUAUUAAAGACCUGACUAAAGUUGGCGCUCAAUAUCACGUUUUCUAGACAUACAUAUUUAUUUUUUGUUUAUUCAUAAUCGUUGUGAUAGUUUUGAAAAAUAAUCAAAAUAGCUAAAAUAUACUAUUUCUGUAGUGGUAUAAAAAAAUGAAAUAAUACUAGUGUUUUAGGUGUUAAAACAUUAUUGUUGUGGAAAUAGUGGAAAUUAGUAUAAAAUCCUCUUUAUGGAAUCUUGUAAAAUUCAUACAUUAGAUGCUAUUCGCGUAUAGUCAAGAUAUGUUACUAAAAAUAGUUAAGUUCUAACUACUCAUGUAUCUAGUCGUUAAUGUAAACAAAUUGUUAGUUACUUUAGCAAAAAGUAACCAAUAAAAUAAUGAAAUGUAAAAGUAGAAAGUUGCAACAGCAUAUACAAUUCAAACAUAUGUGUUAUACAUAUUUAUCUUAGCGUGUUCAAAAGGAAUAUCCAGUAGCGAGUAGAAACAUCAUUUUAUCCUAAAAACUUAAGUGUUUUUAUAUAAAAAUAUAUAAACCCCUAGUUCAUAUACCCACAGAAUUUAUAUGAAAAUAAUAUUUAUAAUUUUUUGAAUGGCAUACUUUAUAUUUUUUUUUGUUAUUUGUAGUGGAUAGCACGCUCCUCUUUAUUUAUUUAUAUUUGCAUACCUAUAUUCGGUAAAACAGGUAGGUUUAAUCCAUUCCGACAUCAAUUUGUAUCUUUGUACUCAUGUUUUUGGCAAAUAAAUGUUUUCUUUUAUUGUAUACUUUGGAAGUACAAAAGUUGUUGUUAUUAUAUUGAAUUGUAGUUUUGUUUGGUGUAAGUGUCUUUAAAGAUAUAUAAUAUGUAACUCAUAGACCCCGUUUUAUUUUAUCGUGCACGUAGGCAUGUGAAUUUUGUUUUGUUUGAGAUUUACUAUGAAAAAUAUUAUGAAGAAGAUGUGAAUACCUUUUUCACUAGACACAACAGGGAAUUCCUAUCAUAUUAUUAACAAAUAUAUAUUAUUUAAUCAUUAGGUGACUGCCCCAGUGCUGGGCAAGAGUCUCCUCCUUACUUUUUCAUUCGUCUGCAUUUUUUACAAACUGGCCAUUUUUCAAAAAAAAAUUUGAAGUCGUUUCGCCAUCUGCCUCUACCUCUGUAGUACCAAAAAUGAUAACUAACCCAUUAUAUAUUUAAAAUUAAUGAAAAACUAGUUAAAUUGUAAUUUUUUUAAGUAGAUAAAAAAUGUUUUAAAUAAUUUUUAUUUGUCUCUUGCAAGACAAGUGAAGGUCAGUGAUUAGCAUGGUGAAGUCCUUCUUGUCCUUAGCUCGGCGGAACAGCCUAAAUGUAGUAAUUAUUCACAUUCACUAUUCACAUUAAUGAGACGACCUCGGUGGCGCAGUGGUAAAGUUCUUGCCACUGAACCGAGAGGUCCCGGGUUCGAUCCCCGGUCGGGUCAUGAUGGAAAAUGAUCUUUUUCUGAUUGGCCCGGGUCUUGGAUGUCUAUUUAUAUAUGUAUCUAUUUAUAAAAUAUAGUAUCGUUGAGUUAGUAUCCCAUAACACAAGUCUCGAACUUACUUUGGGGCUAGCUCAAUCUGUGUGAUUUGUCCUAAUAUAUUUGUCCUAAUAUAACUAUUUACACGAAGAACGCUUAGUCACGUUGUCUAGUUUCACUUUUGUCUAUUCCGGAAUCUCAAUGUCUUGCUUCAGAGUUAUCAAAAAUCACUUUACGCUGGACUUUAAGUGUAUUUUCACUUUCGGGUGGAACAACGUCUCUUUCGAAACUGCAAACCUGGAUUUACGUUACUGAAAAAGCAAGCAAACAAGCAAAAUUUUAGCGUUUUGUUCGUUUUAUUAAUGACCAACAUAAUUUUCAGGUGACCCGUCUAUUCCACAAAAAAUAUAUAUCGGAAUUAAUUGCGUAAAGGAACUACAUAGCUCGAUUAUAAUUCUUAAUAAUGAUAACGUAUGUGAACAAAAGACGCUCUAAAAUUUUGUUUGAUUAGUGGGAGCGGGUCACAACUGACAACAUAUAGAAGGAAAUAUCCGAAAAAAAUAAUUUCUCGUUAUAUGUAAUGAUAACACGGGGUCUGUGUGAUUGUAUGUCGUAUUGAUGUUCGUGACAAUGUAAUCAAUGGUGUACCUUGUGUUUAGAAUUAGCAUACUAUAUAUACAUUAUACUACAAAUGCGUAGAUGCGGCCUGUGUCAGCCAUUGCAGGUCGAUCUAGUCAUUUGA